GGGUGGAAGUCAGUCGGCGCGGCGCUCGUUACGCGGGCAGGGAUGAGCGGGCACGUCGGGGACCUGAGCGCCCGGCAGGAGGAGGCGCUGGCCAAGUUCCGUGAGAACAUUCAAGAUAUCCUCCCAGGGCUCCCUGCCCAGGACGACUACUACAUCUUGAAAUGGCUCCGAGCCAGGUGUUUCGAUUUGCAGAAAUCCGAAGCCAUGCUCCGGAAGCAUGUUGAGUUACGGAAAAAUAUGGAUUCUGAGCACAUUUUUGAAUGGCAGGCCCCAGAGGUUAUCGAGAAGUACAUGUCUGGGGGACUGUGCGGCUUUGACCUGGAUGGCUGCCCCGUCUGGUAUGAGAUCAUUGGACCUCUGGAUGCCAAAGGGAUCCUCUUUUCGGCUUCCAAACAGGAUUUGCUCAAAAAAAAGUUCAAGGACUGUGAGGUGAUGCGAGAACUGUGCAACGAGCAGACUCUGAAACUUGGGAAGAAGGUUGAAACCAUCAUGAUGAUCUACGAUUUUGAAGGGCUGGGCCUGAGGCAUCUCUGGAAGCCGGCCGUUGAGGCCUACGGAGAGCUUCUUGGCAUGUAUGAAGACAACUAUCCAGAAUCCCUUAAGCGCCUCUUUGUUAUUAAAGCUCCCAGGCUAUUCCCCGUGGCUUACAACCUGGUGAAACACUUUCUGAGCGAAGACACUCGCAAGAAGUUAGUUGUCUUGGGAGCUAACUGGAAGGAGAUCUUGCAAAAGUACAUUGACCCCAAGGAGAUCCCUGUGGAAUAUGGGGGGACUCUCACGGACCCAGAUGGGGACCCCAAAUGUAAGACCAAGCUCAAUUACGGGGGUGAAGUCCCGAAGAAGUACUAUGUGCGAGACCAGCUGAAGCAACAGUAUGAACAUUCGGUGAUGGUGAACCGGGGGUCCUCUCAGCAGGUGGAAUACGAGAUCCUCUUUCCAGGCUGUGUCCUUAGAUGGCAGUUCAUGUCGGAUGGUGCGGAUAUAGGCUUUGGCAUCUACCUGAAGACCAAAGUUGGGGCGCGUCAGCAUGCCGGCGAGAUGACCGAAGUGCGUCAGAACCAGCGCUACAAUGCCCACAUGGUGCCUGAAGACGGCAUGCUUACCUGCGCAGAUGCUGGUGUCUACGUCCUGCGGUUUGACAACACGUACAGCUACAUCCAUGCUAAGAAAGUCAGUUACACUGUGGAGGUACUACUUCCGGACAAGAAAUCGGAAGAGGAAAUCCAGCAGUUGGAAGACAACACAAAGGAGCUCAAAAUUAAUCACGCCUGAUGGAGUUCGUUCC